AUGAUCUUUGAAGCCCUCAGUAUACUCGUCAUCGGCGGCUUGAAGCUCACAGCUGUUGGUCUGGCGUUCAAAUGGAUGGCUCGAGGCACGCAUCACGUAUCGGCGGCACGCAUCACCGCUUCGACUGGCCUCUCAACAUACACCGCAAGCAUGGCAGAUGUCCCACAGACCUUCACGACCCUACCCAUACUCCCGCUCAGUGCAGCCCUGGACCCCGCUACGAAACCUCAGUUUCUGGAAGACUUGCGCUCCGCUUUGUUGAACGUGGGAUUCUUGUACCUAAGCGAAACGGGUCUGCCCGGGCAGUUGAUUCAAGAUGUGAUCAAGGAGUGCGGGCGAUUCUUCGAGGAAUUGCCGACACAAGAGAAGGAGAGGAUAGAAAUGAAGAACGAGAAGAGUUUCUUGGGCUGGAGUAGGCUCGACAACGAGACCACGGCAUUCAAUCCAGACCACAGAGAACAGCUCGAUCUUUCGACUCCACAUCCCAUACCAGGAUCCGACGCCCCACUGUACCACAAUCUUCUCGCACCAAACCAAUGGCCUUCGCCAGAGUAUCUACCGUCUUUUCGACCAGUGUAUGAGGACUACAUACGCCGCAUGUCGCACAUUUCCACGCUCUUCACAUCGUUGAUAGCGGAAGCUAUUGGACUUCCCUCUACUGCAUUUGAGAAAUUCUUCGAUCGCGACCAGCAGCACAAGCUGAAGAUAGUCAAGUACCCGGAGGUCGAUGUACCAGAUCUGCCAGCUGAAGCGAGCGAGAUGGAUCGCAAGAAGUGGGAGAUCAAGCGCCAGGGCGUAGGUCCGCAUAAAGAUAGUAUGCUGACGAGCUACUUAUUGCAAGCUUCCAAUCAACUUGGUCUGCAAGCGCAAAACGCAAAGGGUGAAUGGAUAGACUGCAAACCGAUACCUGGCACUCUUGUCGUGGCAAUCGGCCAAGGUAUGGAGGCUCUGACGGAUGGUGUCUGCGCAUCAACCACGCAUCGUGUCCUCAGUCCACGCAAAGGCGAAGGCGCGCGCUACUCCGUGCCCUUCUUCCAAGGCGUGAGCUACGACGCCCAAUUCGAAGCAAUGGACGUCCCUGAAGAAGUACUAAAGCUCAGGGACCAGGCGAGGAAGCAGCGCAAAGACGACGUCGAGUUUACGUUUGUCAAAGGCAGAUGGGGACAUCUCGGCGAGGCAACGCUGAUGAACAGGAUCAAGAGUCAUCCUGACGUUGGCGAACGAUGGUAUCCCAGAGAGCUACAGCUGAUACGCGCGCAACAGGCAGCCGCAGCAAAAGCAUCAUCAUGA